UCGCAGGAGCCAAUGAUUUAAUUGCAUAUUCUCAGCUUAAUACUAUUUUACUUUCUCGAAUCGUGUCAUCCCAAGUCUAAUCCCGACAAAUUGAAAGUUUCGGUAGUCAAUUGAAGGUUUCGCAUAACGACAUAGACAUCUUAAGAUAAUGGCUUCAUUCCCGCCACCACCGGUCAACACCAUUGACUGGUCCAAUGUUGGAUUUCGAGUUCGUGAGGUGAAUGGGCACAUCGAGUCCCACUACUCCGUGAAGACUGGCAAAUGGACGCCGCCUCAAUUCGUGACUGAUCCCUACAUCCGGAUUCAUGGCAUGGCCCCGGCCCUAAACUACGGCCAACAAGCCUACGAAGGCCUCAAGGCCUUCCGUAAUCCUUCCGGUGAUCUUCAGAUCUUCCGACCUGAUCGCAACGCCGUACGGAUGCAGCAUUCUGCCGACGUCAUCUCUGUCCCCCCUGUACCUACCGACUUGUUCAUCAGUGCUGUGAAAGCUGCUGUCUCUCUCAACGCCGAAUAUGUCCCACCUCACGAGACGGGCGCUGCCAUGUAUAUUCGACCUCAAAUCUUUGGUUCGAGCGCACAACUGGGACUGAGCCCUCCAGAGGAAUACACGUUCUGUGUCUACGUUCUCCCCACUGGUGUGUACCACGGUACACAUCCGGUCAAUGCGUUGAUCUUGGACGACUUCGAUCGCGCAGCUCCGAACGGAACAGGGAAUGCAAAGGUCGGAGGCAAUUACGCACCUGUGCUCAAGUGGAGCGACAAAGCCAGGACUGAAGGAUAUGGUAUCACCCUUCAUCUAGAUAGUGCAACACAUUCGGAGAUCGACGAGUUCAGCACAAGUGGCUUCAUCGGUGCCAUUGUAGACGGCGACAAUGUCACACUUGUCGCACCGGAUUCGAAGAGUGUGAUCCAGAGCGUGACUGCAGACAGUGUCUUAGACAUUGCUCGCAGCUUCGGGUGGAAGGUGGAGAAAAGAUCUAUUAAAUAUACUGAAUUGCCUAAGUUCUCCGAAGUGAUGGCUGCAGGUACUGCUGCGGCGCUGGUGCCAAUACGAUCGAUCACGCGACGCUUUGACCCUGCCUCACCUCAAUCCAUCUCGUCUGCUGGAGCGCACUCGCGUUUGUCGACUGAGGAUGGUGUCGAGAAGGUCACCUACAUCCCUGCUGCGAAUGAAGAUGCCGGCCCGAUUUGCUUACGGCUCUUGACUCAACUGAAAGGUAUCCAGCUAGGAAAAGUACAGGAUAAUAUGGGUUGGAUUUUCCCCGUCACUCGUGCGGAUGGGACAAGCGUGGCUGGCGAGACAAAUGGGUCGCAGAAAAAUGGAGAAACAGUCGAUCAAUUGGAUUAACUAACUCAGACAGCUCAAACAAUGGUAUGCAGGUGGGAUUGGGCGUGUAAAUGGCGUACGUCGACAUUCAAGGCGGCUUAGACUAUUCGUUCGUGGCUUUUCAGGUCAGAGAAAAAAAUCAUCAUUUGGGAAGACAAAAACAAAAGAAGAUUUCAACCGGCGAAAAGACUAAAAUAGACAAAUGGAGAUUCGUUUCUUCUUUAUGAUCAAUUUAGAUUGACGUAUUAUCUAGUUUGCUACUCAUAACACGACGUUUACAGUUGCCCGAGUUGGAAGUUGCAUGCAUAUCCGCAUAUCUUCGGUACACAAGCGGAUGCAGCGCAUCGCCUUUGGCAUACAUCUCCAAUAUAUUCCAGGCUGCUUUAGCUGUUUUAUGGAUACAUGCCUGACUUUACCUGUUCGAUGAAAGCGCUGGUCUAAUGGAA